AUGGAGAAAGAACUAAGAAAGCUGAAAGAUAUCAAAUUACAAAUUGAAAAGGGCUGGAUAAAUUACAAGAAGUCCCCGAGAGAUCGGAUAAACUACAAUUAUGUCGAUGCACGUUUAGAGAUGUUAGAGACCCAAUUCAAGAAUUUUUCUGCGAAAUAUGAAGUCAUCGUAGGUGAUUGCGAAAGUGAAGAAUUACAGGACUUUUUCCAGGAAGAUAUCUAUGAGACGGUUUAUGAGUGUUAUUUAAUGUACAAGGUAGAAUUAAAAAAUGUUUUGUCCCAAUUAAAAGUUCACAGCUCCAGGAAGGAAGGUUGCGAUGGUUCAUCUGACAGCAGUGUGCGCAAACAUCAUACGCUGCUACAUCCGAAGAACCAUAGUGAAGCCAUUGGGGUUGCUGCGUCAGGGGAACCUAUUCACCCUGAACUUGGAUGUACUUCAGAGCCAGUCCAUGAUGUCAAGGUUUUGAGAGCUUUGUUGGAUCAAGGAUCACAAGCAUCCUUUAUAACUGAGUCAGCUGCGCAAUUACUGCGUUUAAGGAGAGUAGUCUCAAAGACUACUAUUGCAGGUAUAGGAGGUGACCAUAGCAAGAUCAUUUCUAAACAUGUAGUGAAUAUUGAUAUUAAAUCGUUGCAUGAUUCCUCUUAUACCAUAAACGUAACUGCGCAUGUACUACGUUCACUGACAUCGGUUAUGCCAGAUAAGAAUGUCAACCUUGACAAUUGGCCAGAAAUUCACAGCAUACGUCUAGCCGACCCAAAUUUCAGUCGUUCUAAUAAAAUUGAUAUUUUAUUAGGGGGGGAAGUAUACUGCCGUAUUUUAAAGGAAGGUCUGAUCAAGAGUCCUACAGGCUCUCCGGUCGCACAAGACACGCAUUUAGGUUGGAUUGUGUCAGGCUAUGUCAGUAAGGCAGAUAGAUCUCUAAACUCUCAUAAUACUAUUAUCACGAUGUACACUCAAAUAGAAGAGAAUGAUAUGUUAAAACGUUUAUGGGAAUUGGAUUCUGAACCUGCUAUAACGAAAAAGCUUCUCACGCCUGAAGAACAGGCCUGCGAAGAGUUUUACGCACAAUCGACAGUUAGAGAUGUCAAUGGGAGAUAUGUCGUAAAAUUACCUUUUCGUUCCGAAGAUCCACCUUGUAAAUACGGUAAUUCUAAAAAUAUAGCUGUAAAAAGAUUGCUAGGUUUAGAAAGGAAGCUGGGUAGGGAUGAUGAAUUAAAACAACAGUAUGCUGAUGUAAUAAAAGAGUAUUUAUUGCUGGGUCAUAUGGAGAAAAUCGUUGAUGAGGCUGAAAUAAAUAAAACCGAUGCUGUUUAUUUACCUCAUCACGCAGUGGUUAGACAGGAUAAACUAACCACUAAGGCAGAUUUGCGACAUAUUGUCAUGAGAUGGCGUCAACAUCCGAUCUGUCUGGCUGCCGAUAUCGUCAAAAUGUAUCGCCAAAUCAAGGUCGCUCGACCUGAUACAGAUUAUCAAAGAAUUGUUUGGAGAGAGAAUCCAAACAAAGAGAUCGAGGAUUACCGACUUCUGACUGUCACCUUUGGUACGUCAUGCGCUCCUUACUUGGCUGUAAAGUCGUUGCAGCAAGUUGCGUGCGAUGAAGGCGAGAGGUAUCCAAUGGCUGCUGAAAGAGUGAAGUCAGACUUUUAUAUGGACGAUCUGAUGACUGGGUGUCAAUCUGAAACAGAAGUAAAAAUAAUUUAUGAUGAAAUGAAUUGUCUAUUAGAGAAAGCGGGGUUCCAAUUGCAAAAGUGGACAAGCAAUAGACCAUCCAUUUUGGAAACGUUGAAGGAAACUUCUGGUAGAGACCUGGAAAUAAAAAUGGAUAGUAUAACUAAGAUUUUAGGACUUACCUGGAAUCGGAACACUGAUGAAUUUGAUUAUUCUGUGAAGAUGUCAACUCCUGCUGCAACUGAAACAAAAAGGACAGUUAUAUCAGAGAUAUCAAGGCUUUAUGAUCCGUUGGGUUGGAUAGCACCGUGCAUUAUAACCUCGAAAGUUUUCAUACAAAAGCUAUGGAUUAGUGGAAUCGGCUGGGACGAUGAACUGCCACCAAAUCUCUUACAAGAAUGGACAUAUUAUAGAUCAGAGUUAAAGAAACUGGUAAACUUUCACAUUCCUAGAUGGAUACAUAAAAGGGAAAAAGAUAUUACAAUGGAGUUACAUGGCUUUAGCGAUGCGUCAAAUAUAGCUUAUGCGGCUGUAGUGUAUUGUCGCAUUGUCGAUGCUAAUGGGCAAAUACACUCUCACCUCAUAACCGCAAAGACAAAGGUAGCUCCUAUCAAGCAAAUAUCCAUUCCACGGCUGGAAUUGUGCGGUUCUGUUUUAGUAGCAAAAUUAUUGAUUGAUGUAGCUCAAGUAAUGAACAUUCCUAAGGCAAAUAUACAUGCUUGGACGGAUUCAUCAGUUGUUUUGGCCUGGUUAAAUGAUCACCCAAGUCGGUGGAAAACUUACGUGGCUAAUCGCACUUCUGAGAUUCUUGGUUUGCUAGACAAUUCGCAGUGGGCUUAUGUUAAAUCUAAAGAAAAUCCAGCAGAUAUAGCUUCGCGGGGAGUGUCUUCGGCAUUUUUCCUUGGCGAUGAUCUUUGGAUACAUGGACCAGGUUGGUUAAGGAAUGCUCAGAUUGAUUACACCCGGCCUAGUGCCAUUCAUACUAAUGAGGAGCUAAAGCAAAUUAAUGUUCACACUGCCAGCGUAGCGCCUGAUUUUGAAGUCAUUUGGGGUUCCAAGUAUUCAUCACUUUCACGUUUGGUGAGAGUUGUUGCGUAUUGUAAAAGGUUCUUGCAGUCAUUAAAACUUCGUAAAGCAAAUAUUAAGGUUGCACAAUACCUGUCAGCUUCCGAAAUUCACGAAGCGUUGAAUGUAUGUAUCAAACAAAGUCAACAGCAAUGGUUUCAGGCUGAAUUGAUAGCCCUGAAGAAUAAGAGUCCAUUGGAAAAGUCGAGUUCUUUAUAUAAGUUAAAUGUAUUUAUCGACCAAUGUGGGAUAUUGCGAGUUGGAGGAAGGCUACGGUAUUCACCAUUACUGGAUGAUACAAAGCACCCAGUUGUUAUUCCUCAUGAUUCAAGUUUGGCUAAGUUAAUUGUAGCCGACGCUCAUGAAAAGACCUUUCAUGGAGGACAGCAACUGGUACUCAAUUUUAUACGCAUCAAGUACUGGAUCAGUCGGGUUAAAAAUAUUGUUCGAGCUCAUAUACGUCGUUGUGUUCCCUGUAUUCGAUACUCGGCGACUACGAAUCAACAGCUUAUGGGAGAGCUUCCGGCUUGCAGAGUGACUCCCAGUAAGCCGUUUCUGAACUCCGGUGUCGAUUAUGCAGGCCCUAUUCACAUUAGAGUCUCCAAAGGUCGUGGACAGCGGUCGUAUAAGGGGUACAUCUGUUUGUUCGUGUGUAUGGCUACGCGCGCAGUACACAUAGAGGUUGUUUCAGAUUUGACGACUGAGGGUUUCCUGGCAGCGUUCAAACGGUUCGUUUCUAGGCGCGGUCACUGUCGUCAUAUCUGGAGCGACAAUGGUACAAAUUUUGUGGGUGCUGCUAAAGAGUUGCAGAUGCUUUUCAACCAACAAAGUUCGAUGUACAAAGACAUUGCAGCUGCUCUUGCAAACUCUCAAACAGAAUGGCAUUUUAUCCCUCCUCACGCUCCAAAUUUUGGUGGGUUGUGGGAAGCAGGGGUGAAAAGUGUAAAACACCACUUGAAGCGUGUGAUAGGUGACUCCACUUUGACGUUCGAAGAAUUGUCCACAGUACUUUCCCAAAUCGAGGCAUGCCUAAACUCUAGGCCCCUGUCUCAGGGUAGUAGUGAUCCAGAGGAUCCUGUACCUCUGACUCCGGGUCAUUUCUUGGUGGGUCAUCCAUUGGUAAUGGUUCCUGACUACAACUAUGAAAGUGUCACAGUUAGCACUUUACGCAGAUGGCAAUUAGUACAGCGUAUGGUGCAGCACUUUUGGCGUAGAUGGAAACAGGAGUAUUUAACUAACUUUUUUCAAAGGCAUAAGUGGAAUGUUCGUAAACCUGACUGUAAAAUAGGUGAUGUAGUUUUAAUAAAAGAAGAUAUCUUACCUCCAGCUAAGUGGUUGUAUGGCAGAAUUGUAGAGCUGCAUCCGGGUAGAGAUAACUUGACGCGAGUUGUCACUGUUCGUUGUAAGGGCUCUAUGAUUAAACGUCCAAUUUCAAAAUUGUGUUUGCUUCCUGUUACUGAAUGA